AUGCUAUCCUGGGAGUCGGCGUUCCGCAAGGAAUACACUGUAGGUCUGUCCAGAGAUUUGUUCACCUUGCACGAUGUGGUAGAGGAACGAUUGGCUGGCCAAAAUGCCUUUGCCGAGGACCACGUGCCAACGGAUGCGUUUGAUGCAGCGAUUAAGAUACAACAGCAGAAUGCCGAAGACGAUGCCGGAGAGGAUGAAGAGAGAGGCCAGAAACAGGAGUGGCAUCGUAAAAAAGAGCUCAAGGAGACAUCGGAAAUCCUUGCGCUGCAACGAAUGUUGCCAGAUUUGUUACAACAGGGCAGAUUACAGGAGGCAGAGGGAGCCAUUUUGUACUUCUUGGACAGAAACCCCAGAAGCGCCGACGGUUUCGUCUUGUUAGCUGAGGCUUGUGGCUGCCAAAAGAAUCAGAUGGGAGCCCUUUCUGCAGUAUGGGGGGCCAUAUAUAACAGCCCAGGGAAUAGACGACUCCUGCGCUUGCUAGCACAGUAUGAGGAGAGCUUUCUCAUGGAACGGUGUGAAAUCCCAUUGCAGUUCAAAGUAAGGGCCUUACAGGCCCCAGAUUACGAGGCCAUAGAGGAGAGCGGGCAGUCGGACACGUCUUCAUCACUGGGCUUUGGACAGCAGGAAGCCCCUGUGUUUGUUGCGAAGCAGGGGUGUCACACUGUAGCCUUUGCUAACAGGGAUAUGAAUCCUGGGGAUCUAGUGUUCAAGGAAAAGCCCUUCGUGUGUACUCCGCUGAUGCUGGAGGCUGGUCAGAUUUUCAGCAGCUGUUUUCACUGUCUGCAAGAAAGAGAGGAUCCUGGGAGGGCGUUUUCUUGUCCGGUUUCCCCGCAUUCGUGCCCCUUUGUUUUCUGCUCUUGGGACUGUCUCAUGCGGAAUGGGCGACUGCAUGCUGUAGAAUGCAAGUGCAUGCCCAUGAUACAUGCAGCAGCGAAGGAGUCGGGCCUCCACGUGACAUCUGUACUCCAUGUAUUUAGGACCCUCGUUAAGUCUGCCAUGCAGCGAGAGUUACUGGGCCCAAGAGAUGAGAGUGCAGAGUUCACGUGCACCACAGAUGUAGCCACACAGCUUCUCAGCCUAAACUCUUAUGAGGCCGCAGUUAGACAAGCCCAGCCUGAGCUGCUAAAGAGACUGCUUUUGCUGAGCAGGCGCCUCCAACAAGGUCUCCCUUCAUCUUUGUUGCUAUACCUUUCAGAGAAGGAGUUGGUACACCUCAUCCUCGUUGUGCUGCAGUACUCUCUUUUUGUAUCUGCCACCUCAGCAGCAGCGGCAGUGGAACGCAAAAACCCUGAGUGCACUCUAGGACGCAUUUUGGCUCCAGCAACGGCUUUGCUCCACCACAGCUGCGUUCCCACGGCGACUAUCUGCCUGCAGGAGGAUGGACAGGUUGCUGUGAGGGCCCUGACCUUUAUUCCAUCGGGAGGCUUCAUCUGCCUCUCAGUGGAGGAAGACUUGUUCAAGCCACAAAAAGAGCGCAAGGCCAUUGAGUCCCCACCUAGAGUAUUCGGUUGUGGCUGCGUGCGCUGCACAGAGAACGAUGAGGGGGGACGCCUGCUGAGGGGAAUCAGGUGUUUUAAGUGCGUUAGGGGUUUCCUAUGCCCUGCUAAAGGAAGAGCAAUUCUGGACCGCCUCAAGGCAUACGAGGAGACAGGUAUAUGCCUAGUCCCUGCGAAGCAGACAAUGAAUGCCCCGGUUAAGCUCACGGUGGCUAAAGCGGGGGGUGUCUCUUUCACGAAAAUUAUUCAGAAGAAAUCCGAGGAGAAGCAAGGGGGGCAAGAGGAGGUUGUGGAAAGGCCUGGUGAAAUGCAGAGCAAAGGCGAAAGUUUAAAGCCUGCGGACGAGCAAUGGCUCUGCAACAGCUGCGGUCACACUAGUCCCAAGGUGUCUAAGGCCUGUGAUGCCAUGGAAAAGGAUAUUCUUCGGAGACAGACCCAGGCCGAAGCCGACUUGGUAAAAGGAUCCAAACAACUUGCUGCCAAAGGAUACGGUGACCUAGUGGAGCACUACGGCAGCAAGGUGCAUCCACAACACGCGGUUCUUUUCAAUGCUCAUACUAUCCUCGCUGGACUCUUAGCCUCCCAAGGAGGCAAGGGGCUCCCACGGGCCCUAAUCCUAUUAAGACGUGCCACAGUGGCGGCGGAGACUGUUCUACCAGUCGCAUCAAUGACUAAGGUGCACCUCUACUUGAAACUUGCGGAACUUACUUACCAGGCGAUGAAAUUGGACAAGCAAUGCCGACGAGGUCCCUCGUUGCCUCCAGAGAAGAUAAUGGAACCACUCUUUUGCGCCUUGUGGAACUGCGUGGCUUGUUUGGGCAGAGAGGCUAGCCUUUCGGUGGUUAUAUGUCUUCGCCUACGCCGCUUUGCCGCCCUCCUUGGUAUCUGUACACCCCCACUCUUCUACGUCCCUGUUGUGCGCACUGAGGACGUUUUUGUUGCCCUGUACCGCUCAGCGACCAACUCUACCGCGGCUACCCCAGAGCAAAUCCGAUCGCACUUUCUCCGAGACCCAAUGUUUCUGGCGGUUGCCCUGCUGCGUCGUGGACUGCAUUUCCCACUUGCUCUAGAACUAUUUAGGGCUAUGAAGGGAGUGCAUCACCUUCCUACAGGCUUCAGCCUCCUCGGCCUCGCAUGUCUUCACUCCCAGACGGCCAUUGUUAGCAAGUUGCUGGAAAUGGGAUACGAUCUCUUUUCAAAGUCCCACUUGGGCAUGACCCCUUUGUUGGCAAUGUGCGCUGCCAGAGGCAGCGGUCUUUCUCUCACGAAGGGUCCUCCAUCUCGCUUCUCAGGUGCAGUAGGCGCAGAGGAGGCGCAGCUUGAAAUCUUGCGGCUUAUGCUGAGGCACUGCGAUGAUCUGGAUACUUCCGCUCCCGUCAAGACUGAUCGGAAAGUCCAAAAAAGUGGUUCUCCUACGUGCAAGGGCCCGUUGCAAGUGAAAGGCCAGUGUGUCCAAAACUCAGGGAACGCAGAACAGACAAGACAUAGUGGGAAGACCCACGUUCUUGAUAUGCAACCAAACAGACGGCGGCUGCUCUUCGCCUCAGCACAUAAAUUCCUCGGUCGAAGCCACGCGUUGCACUUUGCUGCCAGCAACGGCAAAGCCAGGCUCUGCCGUCAGCUCCUGGCAGCUGGGAGCGUGGUAGGGGUUCUAAACGCUGAGAGUGCUACUCCGCUGCACUUAGCAUGUUUGGCUGGUGAAGUGGAAACAGUGAAAGUAUUAUUAGACCACGGUGCUAGCAUAAAUUCCGCCACACUGAGGGGGGAGACGCCCCUCGUGCUCGCCGCUUAUUGGCUGCAUGGGGAGGUCACCUCCGUGCUCCUCGAAAGGGGGGCCGACUGCAGUGUUGUCACCAGGGCAGAGGGCAUGACGGUGCUACAUGCAGUGGUCGCUGGGGUGCUGAGGCAGACCAAGCCUUUAUUCAGGGGACUUUCAUGGGAAGGGGACCCUGCAGCAAUCGCUUUAGAAGGCCUUUCAAUGGAGUCGGCUGCGAGGGGCGUCUACACGAGGGGAGGCGCAUCCUUAAGCCCCGAAGAGAUCUUCGUGGAUCUGCAGCUCCCUAGUUCAAUACCGGAGGAUAGCGACUUGUUUCUAUUCCCGGAUGAACUGCUGAGCAGAGUGAAGAAGGCACAGCAGUUACUGCUUUCGCUGAUGCCCCACUGCGAUGUCAGCACAUACACUCAACACACUCGGAACGGCCUCACAGCAGCCGAUCUCCUGCUCCAUUCGUGGGACAGCUUUCAGAGCAAGCGUAACAAGCUUCUGAAAAAUGGAGACCUGCGGCUCGCACCCCUCACAGACAAGGAGAGGCGACAAGUGGAGGAACAGUGGCACUACGCCGUGCAUCUGAUCUACAUCUUGCGGGGUCUCUUGAGGCCCCACCACUUCACGGCUGAGCAGGUAGCGAAGGCUGAGGCUCGGACCCCUAGGAUGGAUCAGCUAAACGAAAAGCAUCAUCAGCGGCUACUUGCGGACGCCCCAUGGUUUUUCCCAGAAGAAGUCCGUCAGGCCACAACGAAGGCCAAAGCCGGAGUAAGUCCCACAGGAAGGGCACCAGCUGCUGGCUAA